AUGGUUGUUAAGAACAUAGCAUCAAAUUCGGACGAACCAUCUCUCUUGGCAGGCUCUCAAUUUAUCGUCACAUUGGGUGAUGGGCUUGAUAGUUUGGACUCUCGGGCAGUUGUGUUUGGUCGUGUUGAAGAAGGGUACGACACUUUAGACACUAUUAGCAACGCAAUUUGUGACUCGGACGGUCGUCCUCUGAAGGACAUUAGAAUAAAGCACACCUAUAUACUGGAAGACCCCUUUCCAGAUCCUAAUGGACUGGAUGAACUAGUGAGACCAAAUAGUCCCGAGCCUAGCGAAAAGCAACUAUCAACAGUUCGGAUUGGUGAUGAUAACGAUGAAAGUAAUGAAGAUGAAGAGAAUGCUGAAAAUAAGCAUAAAGAGCAGGAUGCUCGUGCACAGGCUUUAACAUUGGAGAUGGUAGGUGAUUUACCUUUUGCAGAAGUAAAGCCCAUGGAGAAUGUUUUGUUUGUUUGUAAAUUAAAUCCUGUUACAAAUGACGAGGAUUUGGAGCUGAUAUUCUCCCGUUUUGGCCCGAUUAUCUCUUGUGAAGUAAUUCGAGAUAAGGAUACAGGUGAUUCACUUCAGUAUGCAUUUAUAGAAUUUGAAGAUCAAGAGGCUUGUGAGAGGGCUUAUUUGAAAAUGGAUGGUGUAUUGAUUGAUGAUAACCGAAUUCACGUUGAUUUUUCUCAGAGCGUUAGCCGCUUAAGUGAUGGAUGGAGAAACGAGACUAAUGCUAAGAGAAAGAAUGUUCAUGGAUCAAAGUUCAUCAGCAAUGCUAGCACCAGUGUCAAGUCAAGGAACGUCGACCAGCGAGAUAUCAAGAGACAACGGCUAAGAGACGGCAACGUGAAUAGUACAAGAUAUGAUGGUAGGGAAAGUAGGAGGUACGGUAUGGAUGAGACACAUUAUGAGCGGAAAGUCGAUAGCAGAUAUGAAGACAAGAAAACUCACGAGUCAUAUCGCCAAGAUGAGAGAUAUGAGGAGGAUAGGCUGGAUAAGCAGUACCACCGGAAGCAUGACAAGUCAGAUAACAAAAGAGAUGAGAGACGAGGCAACAGACGUGAUGACAGACGUGAUGACAAACGUGAUGACAGACGUGAUGACCAACGUGACGACAGACGUGAUGACAGGCGUGAUGACAGGCGUGAAGACAGACGUGACGACAGACGUGACGACAGACGUGAUCACAGACGUGAUCACAGACGUGAUGACGGACGUGAUGAAAAGUCUGAUGACAGGAGGAGUCAUAGGAGAGACGACACGAAAUACGACAGAAGCGAUAGUACAAAAGAUAGGGAAGACCGCAGUUAUAGGGACCGGGAGCGAUAUGGACAUAGCAGGGACUCUUACAGGGAUCGCAGAGACCGCGAUCAAGGACGACACGCAAGGAGAGAUGAGGGUCGGCAUAAUAGACAUAAUUCUGAUCGAACUCAGAGUCGAGAUUGA